GUCCCAGGACCGGGGCUGGAGACGGGCGAAUGGAGCAGGCAGAGCCCAGCGGGGAGCUGCGCGCCCCUAGUGCGGGGCAUCGGACCCUGCCCGCCCCCUAGCCCGGCACUCGCCACCCCCCCGCUCCCCCAUCGCGGGGCAGGGCAGGUGGGGCAGGGGCUCCGGAGCGGAGCCGGCGCGGAGACCGUUUCCACGGGGCUCCGGACCAGAACCGGCCUCUCCGCAUCCACGGGGCCGGGAUCCGAGCCCCGGGGGCUGAACCGGACCGGACCGGACCGGACCCAGCACAGGAUCCAGUGGGUCCGCGACCCGCUCAGUGGCUGGGAAACCACAAGGACCCGAGCUCCGAUCAGCACGUAGCCCCGGGGCCAGGCUCACCAGGAGUGGGAUCCCCGACGGGAUCCACUGGGAUCCACUCAUGAAAGGAUCCACCUGGGACCCGAGCCCACGUUCCCUUCAGCUCCCACCCGGGGCUUGAUCCGUCCUGUCACAGGAUCCACUGGGACCGCAGCCUGGCCAGGACUCGGGAUCCACUGGGAUCCUGGAUCUCCCAGGACCAGCCCCGGGGGAAGUAGAUCCCACUCCUCCCCCAGCUACGGGAUCUGCCCUGGGAAUCUGCUUCCUCCCCCCCCUGCACUGACCUGGGAGAGGCUCCCCGGGGGUCACCGGAUCUGUUGGGAUCCCAGGAGCACUGGAUCCACCCUGCCCCCGCCCUGGCGGCCCCAUUGGAUAAGGGGGCAGAUCCCUGCGCUGGCUCCCCCUUCUGGCGGGGCCACCUGGAGUCGAGAUGUUCUGGAUUCGUGGAUUCCUUCUUCUGUUUCUCCGGAGCUCGGCUGGGCUCCAGGGAGAAGUGCCCUCCGAGUGUUUCACGGUGAACGGCGCCGAUUACCGGGGGGCCCAGAACCACACAUCCCCUGAUGGCCGGGGCCAGCCCUGCCUCUACUGGAACCAGACCCAGAAGCACGCCUACAACACGGCCAAGUACCCCAACGGAGAGUGGGGCCUGGGCAGCCACAACGCCUGCCGGAACCCGGACGGGGACGUCCAGCCCUGGUGCUACGUCCUUGAAACCGAGGAGGGGAUCUACUGGAAAUACUGUGACAUCCCCAGCUGCCACAUGCCUGGGUACAUCGGCUGCUUCCUGGACUCAGGCAACCCCCCGGCACUGAGCGGCAGCAGCGGCACCUCCAGCAAACUGACCAUCCAAGUCUGCAUCCGAUACUGCCGGAAGCGAGGGUACAAGUUCGCCGGCGUGGAGGCCGGAUGCGCCUGCUUCUGUGGCAGCGAGGGGGACCUGCGGUGGGCCCAGCCCGUGGGGGCCGUGGAAUGCGACCAGGUCUGCUUCGGCAAGGCCAGCGAGCUGUGCGGGGGGGACGGCCGCAUCGGGGUCUACGACGUGUCUGUGGGGGCCUGCCAGGGGAACUUCAGUGCCCCCUCCGGGGUCAUCUACUCCCCGGAUUUCCCGGACGACUACGGCCCCGACAGUAAUUGUUCCUGGGUCCUGCGCCCGCCGGGCUCCAGCGCCGUGGAGCUCCGCUUCCAGAUCUUCGAGAUCCGGGACCCCAACGACCGGCUGGAGCUGCGGGAUGGGCGCAGCCGCCGCCUCCUGGCUCAGUUUGACGGGCAUCACCGCCCCGGCCCCGCCCUCCUCCUCCCCACCGACGUCCUCUUCCUCAGCUUCCGCUCCGACCAGCUCCUGCAUGCCCAGGGGUUCGCCGUGGCCUACCGGGGGGUGAAGGGCCCCGUGUUGGAGACCUCGGAGGGUGACUCCCAGACGUUGCCCAGUGACCUGCUGCAUCCAGCCUUCACGGACCAAGUCAACUCCAGCUGGACCCGCAGCGCUGACGACAUGGCCAUCGGGGCAGGAG